UGCAAGAAUUGACAUUAUCGACAGCGACAUGAAAAGGAAAAGAGAAGACCAGUCCAGUGGAACUGCCGCACCAGCGGUGGCUUUCCACAAAGCUGCCUGUGGAAAUAAGUACUCCAAAACUGAGAUUCGAGAGGCUGUUUCAGAAGAGGUCCGCGCUGCCCUGAGACGGACUGAAAGCCUGAUGAAGGAUGUAAUGGAAAGAAUUGAGGAGAUGGAGAGUAUCUCCAGAUACGCUGCAAAAAUCCAGAGCCUGGAAGCUCAUGUAAAGAAGGUGAAACGGAGGGGAGAUGCGGCCAUUGCUUAUGUCAGAAGACUGAAAUCAGAGGGAAUGCUGUCCACUCAGCAUCAGACACCCACGGGGCCAGUUGUUCCCUCUAGCCAAACAGUGUCAGGUUCUGAGACAAACUUCAGUCUUCCCAGGAAUUUAGUCAGUGAAUGUACCCCCAGGAACAGCACAUCAGCCAUCUCACCAGGCGUCAGCAGUGAGGGGCUGCCUGUUAGGAAGCCCAAAGAGGGCUUCUGGCAAAGUUUGCGGUCAAAGAAGCAGGUGGUAGACCUCACCCAGGAGGACAGCGUUCUCUCUGGUGAAGCAGGUCCACCACAGGAAGAUGGUUGUCAUUCCUCUGCUCCGAGUCGGCUGUCUGCAGGACAGAGAGAAGCGGAAACUCAGGCACCAAAGGUGCAGAGGGUGAAGAGUCAAAGUCCGCCAGCCUCAGCCUCACAUGACGAGACAGCAACAGAUCCAUCUGUCACUGAACCGCCAACAGAGCCAUUCCCGGAGUCAUCCGAAUCAUCGGGAAAUGGACCUUCCAAAUCUACCACAUCUAACUCGCACAGUGUUUCACCAGGAAAUGCGGCGUCUUUCUCUAGUAACAAGAACCAAAAUACAUCACAAGAGGACGACUGGCGGUCCAGAUUACCUCCUCUUCCUGACACUCUGCAUCCUGCCUCGCUCCCAGCUGUGGCAGCAACCAAGAACCUGCCGCAGAAGCUAGACCUGCGUCUGGCCUGGAUCACGGGCAGGCAGGAGCUGGGCCUGCUCUGGACCACGACGGAGGAAGAUCCCUUCGCUCCUGACAUGGACUCCUACUGCUUACUCUCCACCCAGGAGGACAAGGACGGCACCUUCCCGGAGUGGAAAACCAUGGGAGUCAUCAAAGCGCUGCCCCUGCCCAUGGCCUGUUCAGUGAAGAGCGUGUCCCAGGGGAGAAGGCUUUGCUUCGCUGUGGCGGGCAGGGACAUUUAUAAACGCUACGGCCCGUACAGUAACAUCCAGAGUUUUAUUCCCCACCACAAAUGA